UGGAAACCUUUCUUUCUUCACUUAUUUUAACCUUUGUUCAGAUCUAAUCUCGCAGUCGCCGCCCAACGCUCUCCCUUUCUUCACAUUUACACAGCGGAUUAAGGAUGAUGAGCAGAAGAGCAGCUGUUUCUGCAAUCGAUCUCAUUCAUGGAAGAGGAUUUCUCAAUAGAUGGUCGCAUAAAUCGGGUAUUCUCUCUCCUGUAUUCUCUCUCUUCUCUUCCAAGGCUUUUCAACCUAGGCGGUCUAGAAUCGAUUUCAGUUGUGUUAAAAAUCUUGACGAUGCUAUUGAAUUGUUUCGAAAAAUGAAGAGUAUGCGGCAAGAGCCUUCUGUUCGCCUCUACAGCAAACUCAUGAGUGUUAGUGUAAAGAUUGAGCAGUACUCUUUUGCCCUUUAUGUGUUCGAUGAUAUGCUUAGUGAAGGUGUCCCAGUUAAUGAUUACACAAUGAAUAUUGCGGUUAACUGUUGUUGUCUCUUGAAAGAUAUGAACUCUGGUUUUUCUAUAAUGGGAUUCUUUUUUAAGAGUGGUUACGAGCCAGAUGUCGUGACUAUUAACACUCUCAUUAAAGGGUUUUUUAUGAAUGAUAAGGAGGCCGAAGCUGUGAAAUUGUUCGAAAAGGUUCUGGAUUUAAAUCUUUGCAAGCCAGAUGGUGUUAUGAUUCUGCAUAUUAUAGAUGGGUUGUGCAAAGUUGGACAGGUAAUUGCAGCCCAUGAAUGGCUUCUUAGAUUAGAGAGUAGUUGUUGGAGACCCGAUGUUAAGGCUUAUAACGCACUAAUUGACAGAUUCUGCAAAGAAGGAAUGAUGGAAGAUGCUGGGAAGAUAUUGGAAACUAUGACGCAACAAAAUAUUUGUCCCGAUGUCUUCACAUAUUCUUCGUUUAUUGAUGGGUUUUGUUUGAAAGGUGAAAUUGAGAGAGCAAAACAACUAUUUGAUUCCAUGAUAGAGAGGGGCCUUAAACCCAAUAUUGUUACCUAUGGUAGCUUAAUCAAUGGAUAUUGCAAGAAAGAGAGCCUUGAUGAAGCUUGGCUUCUUUUUCUUGAAAUUCCAGGUAAAGGUUUGAAGCAUAAUGCACAUACUUAUAGUACCAUGAUACAUGCAUUAUUUAGGAAAGAUAGAUUUGCUGAGGGCAGGAAGCUUUUUGAGGAUAUGGAAGCUCAACAAGUACAUCCCAACUUGCAUGCUUAUAGUGUAUUAUUGGAUGGGCUCUGUAGGAAUGGGAUUAUUGAUGAAGCUCUUUCGUUACUCCACAAGAUGAAUGUGAAAGGAUUUACUCCGGACAUAGUAACGUAUGGCUCGCUAAUUGAUGGAUUAUGCAAAAAUGGCAAGCGUGAUGUUGCAAGAGAUCUUUUAAGGGAACUUCCUUCUAAAGGUUUGCAGCCUGAUGUUUUGAUAUAUACAAUGAUCAUUGAUUCACUUUGUCGAGAAGAAUAUGUGGAGGAGGCAGAACGUUUGUUUGUAGAGAUGAAGAAUUGUGGCUGUGGACCUGAUCGUGUGACAUACAACAUUAUCAUCCGAAGUUUGCUAAAGCAAAAUGAGCUUCACAAGGCAACAUCAUACAUGGAAGAAAUGUGCCAAAAGGGAUUAUCAGCAGAUUUUGCAACUUCUUCGCUGCCAACUGAUCAAGCUGAUGAACAAAAUGGAGUUGAUUUUUUUCUUAAAUUGAUGAAGAACCUUGCUCCCAAGAAAAUUGUAUCGUAGUCCUUUCUUCUUCAUAUACGAGCCUUAGAGCCAAAUGCUUAUGUCUCGGAGUUGCAAGAGCAAUGGUGCCGACGUGCAGUGGAGUUCGAUUCUCUAUGUGCUUGGUGCCCCAAGUUGUAUUUAGAUGAGCUCAACAUUUCAUUGAUGCUGCUCUGUGCAUUUCUAUGUUUGGUAACUGUUAGAAUUGGACAUAUUAAGUCGUAUGUAGUUUGUAUUUCUAAGAUUUGAACAUUUUGUUGGAGUAACAAUCUCGUGUUUAAAUUAUUAGUAUUAUAAUUCCACCAGUUUAUUUUAAA